AUGAACCAAAUCUACGGAAAGGCCAACCGCGUUAUCGUCUGGCUUGGUAAACCACUUCCAGAGUUGGAAGCCGGGCUAAAUGCAGCUGAGAGGAUUGGAACCGAGUCUGUCCCUCACACGUUACGAAUGAUCGAGAAUCAAUUCUGGGCCUUCAAUUCUGAUCUCUCAACCAUGCCUGAUAAAUAUGGAAUGAAGUCUAUCGACGGAGAAGAAGCUCUGGGGCUGGUCACACUGUUUAUGAGUAACUGGUUUGCGCGAGUCUGGGUAAUCCAAGAAGUCUCUCUUACCAACGACGUUGUUGUUCUAUGCAAUAAGAAAUUCACAUGCUUCGAUUGUGUGGGCUAUACGGCAGCAUUUCUUCACUACAGCGGGUUCUUCCAAGCUACGCUCGACCUUGUCCCCAAAGACAGACCGGGUAUUUAUCUCCGUGGCGAUCUCUACUUAUUCCACGCCGAGAGAAUCCAACUCCUCCGAGAAUGGUGUAAAGGAGACAAAAGUCAGUGGAAUCGUACACUGGAAACGAUUGACUUCGAAGCCGGACUCAAUGAUAAACGUGGGAAGUCAGCAGAGAUGGUCCUGUUGCGAUUUCUCUUUACGUUAUUCGGCCUCCAAGCUUCUGACCCUCGAGAUGUCAUCUACGGUCUGGGCGGUAUUAUGAGGCACAUGGCGGCCAAGGAUGGGCUUUCGAUGCCCUCAGAAUUCGAGCCGGAUUAUGAUAUCGACAUUAGAGACUUGUUGCUGAAUGUCGCGCGCAAGAUCAUUGAGGCGACUGACUCCUUGGUCUAUAUCAAUCUUGUCAAAUGUCCCAGCAUGCGUCAGACUCUCGAGCUUCCCUCAUGGGUUCCAGAUUUUCCGGCAGUUCUUUUCAACACUCUCUCCAGUGCCCAGUUCCGAUCUAUUGGAACCAUUAACUCUUCCAAGCAUGUGCCUCAUUCCCCGAACACGCGCCCAUUUAGCAUCGAUGGGAAUAUCCUCAACGUUUCUGGUAUACGUCUUGGGAGAGUCAAUAAAAUAGGGGAGACAUACAUCGAAACUCUCCAAGGUCAGCGCGCUAUGUCGGCUGAUGUUCUUCUCAGCAUGGAUGAGACAUACCCCUACACUGGACAGCCGUCAGAUGAAGUCUUUUGGCGUACCUUGAUAUGGGACACAGACUUUACGAACCGACCGGCUAAAUCAAUCCAGCUCAAGGACUUCCAGCGAGCCAUUUUGGAGGAAAUAGUCCAUCCGUUGCGAGUCUUUCACAGAGAGGCCGAGUCUCCAUCUGCGGGCGAGACUCUUGUGCUCAAGUAUCUAAGUGGAAUGUCUUACUUGGAUGACAUCGCCGCGAAGUUCCCUUCCAGCAUUUUUCCGAGUCUCAACCUCGUCAGGUCAUGCUUGUCUUUCCUACCACAAGAGCAAGUAGACCUUAAUGACGAAGAGGUCCAAAUGUUGAAACAAGUAAUAUCAAGGCAUUCUAUGCCGCCAGGAAGUAUUAUGGCGUCGACUUAUAUCAACCACAGACCUAUACUUACUGAUACGGGAUACCUGGGGUUGGGAUUCGAUUCUUGCAAGAUUGGGGAUGAGGUGUGGGUAGUUGCCGGAUCCCCUGCGCCUGUGGUCAUGAGAAGCACUGACGAUGAGAAUGAGUACUUUAUGGUUGGCGAAGCAUAUGUGCAUGGGGCUAUGCAGGGAGAGGCUGUUACUGAUGAUGCUGUAUGGGAGAAGAUCCAGAUAGUAUAA